UGUGCGUGUGCUGAGCUUUGCAGAGAGAGAGAGAGAGAGAGAGAGAGAGAGAAAGCGCUCUAGCGAGUUUCAGUUUAGUUUGCUCUUACGUUACUCUCAGUUGUGUUACUAUUUUAAACAAUCACAGAGAAAAAGUGCAAAAGGACAUACAAAGCCAUACGCAUUGGAAAACACAUUUUUAAGUGAGAGACAUUGGAUGCGUGGAGGGACAGUGGUGUGGACACUCAUGAUCAUCUCCUGAGGCUGUGACUGCUUCACCAGGAGAGAUGUGAUCGUUGUACGGUUCACACACAUUGACUAACCCAACACACAAACACACCUGCUCCCUCCUCAGGUGGCGUUCAGGAGGACUGGAUUGCUGAAACUGCCCGUGUUUUGUGGAAGCCGUGGGACUGCACGCAGCCGGCAGAUAUGGAGUACCUGUGGGGGUUUGUAACGUUGCUGUGGGCUCUCAGCACACCGGAGAGAGGAGCCGACGCUCAGAGGAGCAAGAACAACGUUCCCCGUCUAAAACUCUCGUAUAAAGAAAUGUUGGAGUCGAACAACUUGCUGACUUUCAACGGAUUGUCCAAUAGUUCAGCCUAUCACACGUUAUUAUUGGAUGAGGAAAGAGGACGGCUUUUUGUGGGGGCAAAAGAUCACGUCCUGUCCUUCGACUUGAUUGACAUUAGCAUGGACCAACAACUAAUAGCUUGGCCACCAUCAACUUCUCGACGAGAUGAAUGCAAGUGGGCUGGUAAGGACGUCCAGAAGGAAUGUUCUAACUACAUAAAGGUUCUGCAGCCGUUUAAUCAGACGCAUUUGUAUGCAUGUGGAACAGGAGCUUUUCAUCCCACCUGUACUUAUGUAGAAGUUGGAAAACGCCCAGAGGACAAUGUUUUUCGGCUAGGAUCCUUUGAGAAUGGGCGUGGAAAAAGCCCCUACGACCCCAAACUCCUGACUGCCUCCCUACUGAUAGAUGGGGAAUUGUAUGCCGGGACAUCAGCUGAUUUCAUGGGCCGGGACUUUGCCAUUUUCCGAACUUUGGGCAAGCACCAUCCUAUCAGAACAGAACAGCAUGAUUCCAGGUGGCUCAACGAUCCCAGAUUUGUGAGCGUGCACCUCAUUCCGGAAAGCGACAAUCCGGAAGACGACAAGAUCUUUCUGUUUUUCAGAGAAAAUGCCAUCGAUGGGGAACAAAUCAGUAAAGCCACACAUGCCAGAAUUGGACAGCUAUGUAAGAAUGACUUUGGAGGCCACAGGAGUUUGGUGAACAAAUGGACCACGUUCCUGAAAGCCCGUUUAAUCUGCUCGGUUCCAGGCCUGAACGGCAUUGACACACAUUUUGAUGAAUUGCAGGAUGUUUUUCUCAUGAGCUCAAAGGAUCCCAAAAAUCCAAUUAUUUAUGCUGUGUUUACAACAUCCAGUAACAUCUUUAAAGGCUCCGCGGUGUGCAUGUACAGUAUGGCCGAUAUCAGGAGGGUGUUUCUCGGCCCCUAUGCACACAGAGAUGGACCCAACUACCAAUGGGUACCAUUUUUGGGUAGAGUACCAUACCCAAGACCUGGCACGUGCCCAAGUAAAACAUUUGAUGGCUUUGAGUCGACAAAGGACUUUCCUGAUGACGUUAUCACAUUUGCCAGGAGUCAUCCGGCCAUGUACAAUCCAGUCUUACCCAUUAACAACCGUCCAAUCAUAAUCAGAACGGAUGUGGAUUAUCAGUUUACUCAGAUUGUAGUGGACAGGGUGGAGGCAGAAGAUGGCCAGUAUGAUGUCAUGUUUAUUGGCACCGACAUGGGCACAGUUCUUAAGGUGGUGUCCAUACCCAGAGGAACCUGGCAUGAUCUUGAGGAAGUCCUGCUGGAGGAGAUGACUGUGUUCAGAGAACCAACCGCCAUCACAGCCAUGGAGCUCUCCACAAAGCAGCAACAGCUCUAUCUGGGAUCCUCUAUCGGGGUGUCUCAGAUGCCCCUGCAUCGCUGCGAUGUUUAUGGAAAGGCUUGUGCGGAGUGCUGCCUGGCACGUGAUCCAUAUUGCGCUUGGGACGGCUCGCAAUGUUCCAGAUACUUCCCUACUGCUAAGAGGAGAACGAGGCGUCAGGAUAUCAGGAACGGAGACCCUUUGACUCAAUGUUCAGAUCUACAGCAUCACGAUGAGGCAGAUGGGGAUCGAGGUUUGCAAGACAGGACGGUAUAUGGGGUUGAGAAUAGCAGUUCGUUUUUGGAGUGCAGUCCUAAAUCCCAGCGCGCUCUUAUCUACUGGCUGUUUCAGAGACACGGGGAGGACAGAAAACAAGAGAUCAAGUCAGAUGACAGGGUGUUGGGUACAGAACAGGGUCUGUUGAUCCGAACUCUACACCAGAAGGAUUCAGGUGUGUAUUACUGCCACGCCGUUGAGCACGGCUUCAUCCAGACUCUCCUCCGUCUCACCCUCCACGUAAUUCCCACCGACCACCUGGAUGAUCUUCUGCACCGAGACACACCAGACACAAACGAUCCGACCAAUGGCAAGAUGUGGUAUCGUGACUUUCUAUCCCUCAUCAACCCCACCACCCCGAACAGCGUCGAUCAACUCUGCGAACAGGUUUGGAAGAGAGAACGGAAACAGCGUAGGCAGAAAGCCAAUUUACUGCAUGCCAGUCAAUCGCAUGCCAGCCAGCUCCUCCAGUCUAGCCAAUCACACGCCAGUAAGUGGAAGUUACUACAGGAAAACAAGAAAGGACGCAACCGCAGGACCCACGAGAUGCAGCGGGCACCGCGGAGCGUGUGAUCACUUGCACGCCAAAUAAACAUUUUAAAACACAAACAAAGAGAUGGAAACGCCACAGACAGGAAGUGUGGCAUCUCACUCCUGGUGUGUGCAUGUGUAUGUGUGUUUUAGAGAGAGAGUUAUUUACGUACUUUAUAAACCUGAGCACACUUCAUUCACACCUACAGUAUGUAUUCUGACUCUAAGAGGAUGUGAUGGAGCUUAAGGCUUCAUUGGACGAUACUGGACUAUGUGUAAAUAUGACGCAAAAUGAAAAAAUAUACUGUGAAACGGGUUGCAGUUUGUAUAAAAGCCCUGUUUCAAAUGGUGAGGGACAAAAAUAAACACGGAGAAUACAGAAAGACCACUCUUUGCUGAAGCACAACCCCAGUGCAUUCUGGGUAAUGAAACUGUUAGUACUAUUAUGUGUAUAGAGUGUGUUGACCUUAACAUAUACUGUACUGUAUAUCUAUUUCAAAAUGGAAAGGUAGGCUCUGUUGUUAUCCAUUAAGUACAUCAAGUGUUUCUUUCAGGUCCUUUUCUGUCUUCCUUGUGUUUUCUAUUUUCAUCUGCUCCAGAAACAAAGCCUCAGCAAAUCUAUUAAUGGAAAUGUGUUCCUCUAAAUAAGCUCUUUUAGGAAAAAGAAAACACGAUUUAUUCCUGCUAUUUUUUUAGAUCAAUAUUUAAUUUUGUACUGUUCCAGAGUAUAUCUAAAAUAUUGCAUUAUAGAUUUAUUUUAUUAUUAGUUUUCCUCAUUUUAAACCACUGCAUUGAGGGUACAUAAACUCUCUUCACUAACCCUUUUUCCUCAGUUAAGUUAUUAUUUGUUGACAUGAUUUAAUCUAUGUUCAAACCAAUGUUUAUAUAAACCACUGUGGUCAAGUAUGUGAAAUACAGUGGCUUUAAUUUGAGGGAUAAUGUCACUAUGUUGCUUUUUAUCACGUUUUGAGUAUACAUUUUGCAAGACCAAGGCAGACUUUAUCACAUCUGUGAAGUCUUUUUCAGCUAAAACUUUAUUUAGCAUGACUUGCAUAUCUGCUACAGAGGAGAUAUAGAUUAUAGAGAUUAGAGUUUCAUUGGCUGCGGUAAAUAGUAAAAUAGUUUUGUUUUAUAAGCGAUGCCUACUGUAUGCCAAGAUAUCCAUUUAAAGUCAACAUGAAAGACAUGCAACCCGUCUGAUGUAUUCUCGAGUAAACUGGAUAUUCAGCAAGAUAAACAAAAAUGUAGAUUUGAUUUUAUCCUUUGGGAAUUGGUUGGAUUGUGAACAGUGAGUGAAGAUCAAAGAAGGACAACACUGCCACCUACUGGUUAAAAAGACUGUGGCGUUAUAUCUGGAAUAUUGUGUAUUGAUAAAUCAUGCACAACAGGACCAGGGACAUAAAAAGGGUCAUUUUGGACAUUAAAUGUGAGGAAAAGGGAGGACAAAUUUAUUGUAUUAUAUAAUAGCCUGAGUAUGCCCCUAUGUGUGGUUAUGUUAAGUUAAAGAAAGAACUGCUGCGUGACACAAAACCGGUAUGGUCUCCAUACAACAUUUCCCGUUUUUCAUUGCACAUACAAGCACACACAUCAGAAUGUAGAUGUGAACAUAUAGACUAUUUAUAAUAAAAUGGUCCAAAAUAUAUGCCACUGUGUACAAACUGCAUGUACAUUUACAGCAUCACUCAUUUGCAUACUUGUUUACAGUCUGUUCUUGUUAAUGAGCAAAUCUGUCUGCCAUUGAAUUCCAGGCGGUGCUCAAGAAUAUUCUGCUAUGGUGUUGUUGACUUACAUCUUCUGCCCAAUGGACUCUUUUGACUUUGUAGCUAAAUUUAAGUAUACCCAUCAAAAAUUCACUUUUGAAUGGACUUCACACAGAGGAUUUCCAGUGCUGAACCGAACUGUACUGUAUGUGGUUAUCAUUCUGUCUGGAUGGACCUAAGUAAGCUAUCAUCUAAAAAAAACAACACCUGCAUUACUCAGACUUUCAUAUGGACUCUCCUGAAAACAAAAAUGAGGGACAAAUAAGGACAUGACAUGAUAAUGCUGCUGUAAAUUGUUCAUUAUUGGCAUGCAUUCUGCUGUUCAAAUAAAUGUGUCUUCUAAAGAUCCUGUUUAA